AUGCCUCGAAGGAAGAAGAGUAAGGCCCGUGCAGAAGAGGAGUCCACUACCUCCUCGCCUCAGUGUGAAGGUAUUACCCAGAGUCUGCCUGGUGCUCAGUCACAUAGCACUUCCCAGGAGCCUGAAAGAAUACCGACCAUCACCACUUCUGCAGUCUUUUCUUGCACUAGAUCUAGUGAAGCAUUCGAUGGCCAAUAUGAGCAUAGGGUGUUGGUCUAUGAGGUCCCACCCUUCACUGAGCCCCCAGGAACUGACUGUUUAACCAGGAAAGCUAGCUUGUUGGAGCAGUACAUUCUGCACAGGUAUAAAAUGAAGCAGCUCAUCAUGAAGGAAGACAUACUGAAGAUUAUCCACCACAGCCACCAUGACCGAUUUGCUGAGAUUCUCAAGAGAGCCUCUGAACGCAUUGAGCUCAUCUUUGCGAUGGAUCUGAAGGAAGUCGACUCAGUCGUUCCCUGCUAUAAUCUGAUCAGCAAAUUGAAACUCCCCAACAAUGGGAGGGUGCGUGGUGGAAGGGGGUUACCCAAGACCGGUCUCCUGAUGAAUCUCCUGGCUAUGAUCUUCAUGAAGGGCAACUGUGCUGCUGAGGAAGACAUCUGGAAAUCCCUGGGUACGAUGCAAGUAUAUGCUGGAAGAAGGCACUUCAUCUUUGGAGAGCCCAGAAAGCUCAUCACCAAAGAUUUAGUGAGGCUGAAGUACCUGGAGUACCGCCAGGUUGCCAACAGUGAUCCUCCACGUUAUGAGUUUCUCUGGGGCCCAAAAGCACAUCUGGAAACCAGCAAGAUGAAAGUCCUGGAAUUUUUGGCAAAGGUCAAUAAUGCUGUUCCCACCGACUUCCCCACUUAUUAUGAAGAAGCUUUGCGAGAUGAAGAGAAAGCCCAAGGUGUGGAUGCAGCCAAGCCUGA